GGACGUAUGUUAGUCUAGCCCCUUUUGGUUUAGAAGUCUCCAUCUCCUGCGCGGAUCGAAUUCAUCUCCAUCUCGCCCCAUUCCGCUCUGAUCGCCGAACGCCGUUAGUCGACGCGGCUUGGUCGCGGGAUACGCGCUCCAAUUGCUUGAAGAAGCAGGGAUCCCUACGGAUUGGAUCGCCGAGCUCGUUCUUGAAUUAGGGUUCUUCCUCGUCUGUUGACUCCUUUCUUGGUCAAGGGAUUUCAGUAUCGGCAAGGAGAUGAGAAUGUGCAUUUACAGGAACGAGACCUUGAGGUGAACUUUUCUGGUUGGUUAAGCAUGAAAAUGGCAGGAAGUUCGAGGGCAGAGUCAGCUUCGAGCAGCAUGGAUGGACCAAACUUUGCUGCUACUGCCCAUCACAAUGCGCAGCGUGGGGCCUACUCGGGCUCUGGUUUGGAGAGGUCCGGAAGCUUCCGUGAGAGUUCAGAGAACCGUGCUCUGGUUCCUGGACCUGGCACAUCAAGAAACACAUCCUUCUCUCCAGAAAUACCAUCUUUGUCACAAUAUUUACCACUUGAGCCAUUUUUGAUGAGUGAGCAAAAGUUUUCUCGCUCUGGAGAGUUAAGAAGAGUUCUAGGUGUUACAGUUGAGGAUCACACAUUUGGAUCUGCACAGUUUAAGCCACUCCUGCCUAUUGCAUCUGAAGAACUGAAACGUUUCAAAGCCAGCAUAUUGGAGUCGUCAACCAGAGCGAGGGAUAGAACAAGGUUGCUGCAGGAAUCAAUUUUCAAAUUGGACAAAUAUCGGAACAUGAGGAAACGACAAAGAGCUGAUCAAUCAAAUGAGAAGUCAGGUACCUCAAAUCCAUUGAAGAUGGGAAGUAUGAUCCAUCAAAAUCCUGCAGAACUUGCAAGUCCGAGACUGGAGGACAGAGCAAAAAGUUUGAUUCCUAAUAAACGUAUUCGCUCCUCUAUGGCGGAAUUACGGUCAGAAGGUCGUGGUAGUGUUCCACUAAGGCAAGGUGCGGUUAUGGACAAGGAUAAAAAUGUUCAUUUUGAGAAGGAUAAAUCUAUACUUAGGAAUUGUAAUGGGGGAUCAAUACCUUCAGAAGAUAAAAUGCAUGGAUUUGCACCAGGGGGUGACGGAUGGGAGAAAAAACUGAAAAGAAAACGUUCUGUUGGCCUUAUCAGAGUAAUUGAAAGUGAUAGAGACACAAAACAAUCAAGUCAACAGCGGACCAAUAAUGAACCCCGUCUACGCUCUUCUGAUGGCAUUGGUAUCAGACCUGGAUUGUCUAGUGGAACCACAGUAAGCAACAAGGUGGAUAGCUGUUCCCAACUAAGUGGUGCUGGUUCUCGUGGCACACCCAAGAAUGACUUGGAUAAUGGCUCUGUUUCAAAUGAAAGACGAGAACACUCUGGUGGACUAGAUAAUGAGCGUAAUACUUCUAAAGGAAGCAAUAAGCUAAAUAUACGUGAAGAUGUUCAAGCUGGAAACCAGAGUCCUAUGAUAAAAGGAAAAGCAUCUAGAGCCUUGAGAACUGUUUCAGGUGCUGUCAUGAAUGCAUCUUCAAAUUUUCUUCACUCAUCUGGAAGCAUCGACGGACAGGGGCAGGCCCCUCGCAUAAACAAAGUUCAGCCAUUAACUGCGACCAACCGUAAACGUUUAAUACCUAAUGAAUCAUCGUCACCGCCUGUAACACAAUGGAUUGGUCAGCGGCCACAAAAGAUAUCCAGAACCAGAAGGGUCAAUGUAGUUUCUCCUGUCUCGAAUUUGGAUGAAGCUCAAUUUUUACAUGAAGGAUCUGCCACUCCUGAUGUUGGAGCCAGAAUGACAGUUGUGGAUUCUGGUGGGCUUUUGAUAACCAGGGGCUUGCCAAAUAACAUUCAUCAGUCAAAACAAAAGUUCGAUAAUGUCCUCUCUCCUUCUGUAUUAUCAGAGAGUGAGGAUUCAGCUGCCGUGGAGAACAAAUUUAAGGAAAAGGGAAUUGAUAAUUUUGAGCUAGAGGAUGGUCCACAAACAUCCCUUAAGGCUACUUCUGUUUUUCCAACAAAGAAGAACAAGACUCCUCCAAAAGAAGAAAUCAGAGAUGGAGUUCGGAGGCAAGGCAGGAGUGGAAGAGGUUCAGUACAGUCAAAAGCUUGUUUAUCUGUACCAAGAAAAAAAGUAGAAAAUUUAGAUACUACUAAGCCACUCAAAAGUGGAAAGCUUGGUUCUGAAAGGAGUGAAACAAGCAGGAUAGGGCGCCCUCCUUUAAAGAAGACUGACAGGAAGGCUUGUGCUCGUCCACAAACUAUGAACAAUGGUUCCUCUGAUAUGACGGGAGAAUCGGAUGAUGAUCGAGAAGAACUACUAGCAGCUGCUAAUGCUGCUCGUAAUGCAAGCUAUCAUGCCUGUUCUAGCACUUUCUGGAAGAAAAUGGAACCCACUUUUGCUUUUGUGUCAUUGGAGGAUAUAUCUUAUGUCAAACAGCAGAUACAUUUUGCUGAGGAGCUAGAUGCAAGUUUAUCUAACAGGUUUGAAGCUGGCCAUGAUGUAAUGGCCGAGGUUGUUUGUGAUGUGGCAUCUUCAGCUCAUUCUUCUUUUGCUAGAGAGCAAACAAACGCAGUUGGACCAACCAACAAAACUUUUGGGACCCUUUAUUCUGUUGAUGGAACAGAGAAUGUAAAAACAUCAGUUGGAAGAUUAGAGACCAACAGAUGGUAUGACAAAAUGGUUCCACUGUCACAAAGGCUGCUCUCAGCCUUUAUUGCAGAAGAUGAGACCGAAAAGCUGGACAUUGAAACUCAAGGAGAGUUGUUCUUACAUAGUGAUGCUAAUAAUUAUAUUAACGAUCAUGCCAAAGAGUUAAUGAACAUGGAUUGUCACUUGGAGCUUGAGUACAAGAAUCAGAAAAAUAGUUUGGGAGAUAUUAUUCCUUGUGAUGAAUUUAUGGUUUCCAACAACUAUAGGCACUUGAAUAUUCAGAAUUUUAUGUAUGGUUAUGAACCAUUGGUAGAAAACAGUGCUGUUCUAAGUACAGAUAAUGGAUCUUUAUCUGGCUACAAGAAAAACAGUCUUAAUCAGUUGCACGUAAUGGACAACACUUCUCCUUACGAAUGUCAGUUCGAAGACAUGUCUCUUGAUGAUAGAAUUUUGAUGGAGCUGCACAGUAUUGGUCUAUUUCCAGAAACAGUGCCUGAUCUUGCUGAGGGUGAAGAUGCAGAAAUUGGCAAAGUCAUUUCAGAACUAAAGAUGAGGCUCUACCAGCAGGUGAAGAAAAAGAAGCAUCAAUUAGAUAAAUUGGAAAGAGCAAUUCGAGAUGCGAAAGAAAUUGAAGAGAGUGACAGGAAACUUGAGCAGCUUGCUGUGAAUAAACUUGUUGAGAUGGCACGCAAAAGGCUAAUGGGUGGUCGAGGUAGUUCAAGUCACAAGAGUGGCACCACUAAGGUUUCAAAACAAUUAGCAUUGGCCUUUGGUAAUCGAACAAUAGCCAGAUGUAAGAGAUUUGACGAAACAGGUCGAAGCUGCUUCAGUGAGCUAGCUAUUCGGGAUGCAGUCUUGUCAGUGCCCUUACACAUUAAGCAUUCAGAUAGGUCUCUUAAUCAUGUGGAAUCACGGAGCGGUCAAGUUGGCACUCGAGCAUCAGGUGUAACAUCGAAUACUUCCAUGAGACAUGGGCUUGGUAACAAGAUUGAUCAAAGUCCAUUGGAUCCAUAUCAAAGUUCACCUCAAAUGGGUGAGCAAUUAGUUACGAGAAGGAAGAAGGAGGUGCUUCUGGAUGAUGUUACAGGUUCUGCUAGAGCCAUAUCAAGUCCAACGCACUCUCUUUCAAAUAGUGCAAAAUGGAAAAGGACUGAAAGAGAUAGGGAUCAGAACAAAGAUGCAUUAGGACGAAGUUCUACAGCUAAAGCAGGUCGUCCAUCAUCAAGCGGUGGCAGGGGUGAACGUAAGACAAAGACAAAACCUAAGCAAAAGAUAGCUCAAUUAUCAACUUCCGGAAAUGGUCUUGGCAGAGUUACGGAGGCAGCCAAUCUUAUGUCACCAACGUUGCAUGCACCUUUUGACACUGUGAAUAGCUCUAUCACCAAAAUUGAUCAAGAAGUUGAAUUGCAUAGUUUGGAUAAUCUGGUCCAUGAUUCAUCAAAAGAAAAUGAUGAUGCCAUCUUUACAAACCUACCUCUGCAUGGGAUAGAAUCCAUCGAUGAACUAGAUGUUGCUGAAGGGCUGGGCGGACAAGGGCAAGAUAUUGCUUCCUGGUUGAACGUUGAUGAAGAUUCACUACAAGAUCAUGAUCUGGUGGGCCUGGAAAUUCCAAUGGAUGACCUUUCAGAAUUGACAUUGAACUUUUAAGAGAGCCCAUCAUACCUUCUCUGGAUAUCAAACAAUCUAGGUCAGGUAAGACUUCUCCUGUUCUUAUACCUAACAAAUCAAAUUAUGUACCUCUUGGCAGUUAGAAUCUAUAAUUAGGCCGGUCUAUUCUUUUGUAUACCUUUUCAGUUCUUGGCAGAUCCCAAUUGUUUUCUGUCACCUGAGGAUUGUUCAUAGUGCCAAAUUACAAAAUCAAUUGAGCAUUUAUCUAGAAUGUAUAUUAUUUCAAAGUGGUAUUGUUGUCUCUUUUUCUUUUCCUCUCAUUUGUUGGUGACUGACUAUACUGUUAGUCUAUGCAAAAUAGUGACAUCUUGAAACUAAGUUCAUUCAUUUGCAAGCUACUAUCAAGCAUUGUAUAUGACAGGAUUUUGCCAUCUGCUACCUUUAGCAAGAGGAGGUGAUGUCUAUAUUGUUGUGAGAAAAUUUAUAUUGCGUUAUGUAUGAACUUGCAAAAUUAUAACUAAUGUAGUUAUUACUCACAUGUUGUUAACACUUGCUUUGAGAAGCACAUUAAUGCAGCCACUCGACUUCUCUUUCUUUGAAGACUCAAGCCAUGCAAAAUUGGGUGCACAUUAAUGCAUCCCCCAAUGUAAUGCAGCUGAUGCUAGGGCCCACAUGAACCUUUAACUCUGUUGUGAUGAUUCCACGAAAAUAUCAGAUUAAACGCUUCCUCACCGUUGGUUCACACUGCCCCUGAUGCCGCAGCGGCCUCACGUCCUGCCUUCCCUUCCUCGGGCGAACGCAGCCACACACCUCAAUCAAAUGACCACGUUAAGUUUCCGCCCGUCAUAUGAACCAAGCAUACGACGUGUUCUCCCCACCAAACCACUAGUUCUUCGAUCACCCCCUCCGAUCUUUUUAGCUUCCUCCAACCCCUCGCAUUCAAGAGGGGGAGGAGGAACUAAGAAGACACCUUGGCUUCCAUGGUUCCGGCGGAUCCACCGAAACCAGAUCGUACGCAAGACGCAGGACCCCGCCGCGAGCUGGUGGUAUCAUCCGACGAUCCUGAGAUGAAGAACUCGGAGCCAAACGUCGGCUCCUCGACAAACGAGCAUGUCACGGCGGAGAUCACCAAGGAGUGCACCGACUCGGGCGUGGUCGAAGAGAGCGGGCGAGAAAGGCUGAGGCGGCACAGGACCGAGAUGGCCGGCCGGGUCUGGAUACCGGAGAUAUGGGGCCAGGAAAGCCUGCUCAAGGAUUGGAUUGAUAGCUCGGUCUUCGACCGGCCGCUCGUCCCCAAAGGCUUGGUGUCAGCCAGGGAAGCUUUGGUCGAGGAGUGCCGUCGGACGAGCUCAAGCUCGCGGAGGAUAAAGAAUCCAUGCUAAGUGUUUGAUUGUUUUGUUCGAUCAUCGUCUUCUUCCCCUUUGUUCCGAGCAAAUGCCUCUCCCUCGAUCUCCCCCUCGCUAUCGUGCUGAAUGAAGAACAAAGAGCAUAGGGUGAUUACGUAGUCAUAUAGUCUCUUUGUUUAAUGGCAUCAUUGGAAAGAGUCCUGUAUUCAUUACAUAUGCGUUUGUUGCUCGAGUCGUAGCAGAGAUCUCGACGUGGUGUUUUGCUGCAAGUGUGCAUCGAGACAUUUAGUUGUGUUGUAAGAUUAAUGGUGGUAUUUUCUGUAAUGAUAUCUUCGCUGAGACAUCUAAGUGAUCGAUUGUGCAAACAAUUAUACGCUGUGGAGGUUCCUUGUGAGAAUUUAGAAAAGCGUGGUAUUAAUAUGAAAGAUAGCCAAAAUGAGGGUCAGAAAGAACCGAAGGAAGUCAUCUGGGGGCUUAUGUGAGAAUUCAUAGAAUUAUAGGACUAAUAUGACAAAGAGUCAUAAAAGAAGGUUUAAAAGGGGGGGGAAGGCGAGGAAGUCUUGCGCGAUUGAGGAGAAGUCUUGCACGAUCCUAUUUGGGUUCUUUCGAUUAGCCAUGGAUGCGUCGACGGCGAGGAGAGGCCGUGGAGGCGGCGUUUGGGAGGGGCUUUACCGUGUCCUCAUGCGCCGGAACUCCGUCUAUGUCACCUUCGUCGUUGCCGGCGCCUUCGUCGGAGAACGGAUCGUCGACUAUGGUGUUCACAAGCUGUGGGAUUAUAAUAAUGAAGGG